UCCUUGCUUAGGAUUAAUCGAUUUGCCUUUGAAAUCGGGAUAUCGAUCUCGAGGGGGAUGGGGGAGCGUGGGCCAUUGAGGGGUCCAAUCGUUACCAUCUCAGGAUCAAAACCUCUUCUGCUUCGUCGUUUCAAUUAUCUUUGAGUGAAGAAAAGGCGAGAACCAGGGGUAUAGGUCUGUUGUCAUCGCAGCAGUGGUCUUAGUACGGAGCAACGAGGCAUGUUGGUCGUUCAUUAUCGAUACCGUUCGAAUUCGAAGGCUGUCGUCUGCGUUGUACCAGACUCCGCCAACCCAAUGUACGGAAUUUUAUCUUCAGUUUAUCAACUUUGCAGCUAUUUACAUUAAGAGUGGAGGAUUACCUUUCAUACCGAGGUCGGCAAGGCUCCAUUAUACCGCUGAGUCAGGCUUUAUCACCCUCUUAACAGCAGGACCAACAAUCUCUCUAUCAUAACCGACUCUGGAUCACAAGUCGGGUCUAUUCUUUGGUCCACUCAUCGCCUCAAGAAGAAACUGGACCCUAUUUUCUUCACGCAUCCGUUUGAAACAAAAAGCAUCCCGAAGAAAACAGAGAACUCAGUUCCGAGUACAUUAUGAGACAACUCUCCGUUUAGGUAACCUGGAAAACUUUUUUCUGGAUACCACCGCCGUUAGCAGUUCUUCGAACUUCACCAGAUCUAUUAAGGAUCCACCUUUGGACUUGAAUAAAAGCCUGCAGAGAAUCGAACAUGCGUAUCAUUGGUUCUACCGAGUUUGUGACGAGUGUGUUGAUCUCGUUCAUCCUGCUCAUCGUCGCUCACGUUGUGGAACCCGGCGUCAUCCCCUCGAGGUCAUCGUCGGCGGCGUCACACCGGAAGCAGUCGCAAUCAUUGCCAUCGCAAGAUGACCUGUCAGAAGAACAGGCCAUGAAUUUCUUAAAAGACUACGGGUAUAUCGAAAUACAACUAGCGAAGAACGCAUCUGAUGGCGAUGGUAAAAUAUCAUCGGACCAACCUAAGAUGCCCUCCGCAACACAAUCAACAGACCGAGGACAGUCAAAACCUGACAACGCCGACUGGAAAAAGGGCAUCAAAGCUUUCCAGAGACGCUACCACAUACCGGUCACCGGGCAGAUUGAUUCAGCUACUAAAGAACUCAUGACUAAGCCCAGAUGUGGCGUACCUGACUACCAAGUUCAGAUCAAGCAAACCGGCGACGGAAAAAGCCAGGGCCUGUCCGCGUUAACUGAUGAAUCGAAACAAUCGGCAGAAGAAGACAAGUCCGGAAUUGUGACUUCUCCAGUUAUGAUCACAUCCACAGUACUAGACGGUAAGCAGUCGGGGAAAUCAUUCUUAGACCCUUUAAGCGAAAGGGCGAAAUCUGGCAAGGGAAUGAACAAGUUUCCAUAUCGACCGCCCUCUGUGCCUGAAGAAAAGCCAUCUCCUGAAGACAUUUCAUGGGGUCAGUACUCGAUCGUAGAGGUCAGCUCUGAAGACGAUUUCGAAGAUUCUGAUAUGGUCGAUGAGGAGGACGUCGAAGACGUUCCGACGACGCCUUUCCCAGAAGAAGAAAUCGACGGAACGACGAUGUUGACUUACACCGUCACCGAAGUCGUAUCGGCUUUGGUCAGUGAGCUUGAUUCCAAGACAGCACCUUCAACCCCAAAGUAUCCUCCAAGUGACAAUAAGGACAAAGAUGAGUUGAGUGGGCCACGCCCCAAACGUGACAUUAGAGAACUCCUCCGACAGAUGAUUAGCGAGUCAAAUCAUCGACAGCGACGCGACUCACAGGCAGGUGGUCAGCCAUCCUCAUCGUCGGGUUCAGGAUUGAGAUUUUCUGCCAGGGAUCUUCCAAUCACCUGGCGUGUUUUGGAUGACUAUCCUUCUCAGUACAUCUCUGAUACGUCGAGUAUUUUCACAGCAGCUUUCAGGAGAUGGGCAGAGGUCACACCGCUUACCUUCAGGGAGCAGACUUCAGGUGACGUCCUAAACGUCGAUAUCUACAUCGCCUUUGCUAAUUCAAAUGAUCUUUCCGACUUCGGAGACCACAGAUGGUCAUCAGGUCAGUUGGCUCUCUCGGACGUGGCGAGUAGUCACAUAUUCUUCAACGAUAAUAAGCUCUGGACGGAUAGGUCUGACCAAGACUACAACCUGCAGUCGGUGGCCACCCAUGAGAUCGGUCAUUUCCUAGGGUUAGGCCACAGCACCAAUGUUUCCUCCAUCAUGUAUCCGAUCUACCGCUCUUUUGAUGGAAAGGUGACCAUUGAUAGUGAGACCAAAACUGCUGUUCAGGAUAUCUAUGGAACAUGCAAUAACUCGUUAGACACUGUUUUUGACUGGAUGAGGUUGAGUUCGAGCAACCAGUGGACAUACACCACCUACUUCGUCCGAAAUAGAUGGAACUGGGUGUACGUAAACUCCAGGAACGAGGUCAAGUAUGCUGAGCCUAAGCUCCUCAGUAGCCGCUUCAAUGGUGUACCCGACGACCUGGAUGCCGUGGUCCAAAACGUUGAUAAACCAAGAGAUGAGAUGUACUUCUUCAAAGGCAAUCGGUAUUGGAGGUUCAACCACGCAAGCAAAUCAGCUUACACAGGCACAUACGAGGGUGUUAACUGGCCGGCGAAUGGUCGGCUUAUCUCUGAAGGUUGGCCCGCUAAAUCUGGUUCCAAUACCCGUAUACCUGACAACAUCGAUGCUGCCUACUAUGAUAAAAGGGAUAAUAAUUACUACUUCUUCAAAGGGAGCCAGGUUUAUGCAUACGACGUGGAAGACGGUGGCUGUUGCGGAGACAACUACCCUAUGCCUAUCAGCACUGCCUUCCCCGGCGAGUUUCCUUAUAUCUCACCUUUAGAGGACAAUCUCGACGCAGCUUAUUAUUCAAUCAAACACAAGAAGUUGUUUUUCUUCAAGGGUGCCCAUUAUUGGGAGCACGCAACAUUUGAUCCCUCUGCAUCCACGAUAUACAACAAAGUCAAAGAGCGAGCCUCUUGGGAUACAAGGUGGCGUGACGUUUGUGACGUAGAAUAGAAGCGCAUGGCGUCAAUGGUCAUUCCGUGAACGGUCGUAAGCGCGUAUGGUAUCGUAAUAAUUGAUUAUGUGAAUGUGUUGUGCGUAUGUGUAGUGCGUGUGAGUGUGCGUGCGUGCGUGCGUUAAAUCCAUCGCACACUAUCUGACUAAGACGGGUUCUUACGAGAAGGUGGUUGGCACCCUAUCGGGGUUUACUGUUGUAAAUACACUCAGGUGUUCUCUGUGUUACACAGAGUCAACAAGUGUGAACAUAAAUUUCGUCAUCAUCACAAAGUGUCAUGAAUCAAAUACAGUGAUCACACUGUGUCACAUAAUUUGUGACACAGUGUUCUCUGUAACACUUUGUAAUGACUGUAGUUACAGAAGGGAUCGCAUUGUGUAAUGACCGGUGUUAAUUAACACAGAGCUAAUUUGGAACACUUUAAAACUAUUAGCAAAGCUAUACUGCAUUCACACUCUCUCCAUAUUAUUCUUACACUC